CAGAGAGGGAGAGAGAGAGAGAGAGAGAUAGUUGCACGCAAACCAAAAACUUGCUUUAAACACGUAAAGGUUGGCCUUAACAAACUGAGCCUUAAAAGAUUGAGGUGCCUCUUGAACUUUGUGACUGGAACUUGAAUUAGAGUGUUUGAACGAACUGUAGAACUGGCUUCAAUUGGCUUCAGAAACUUGCCAACCUGGACAACUCGUGUUUGAUGGCCCAGCUGUCCAUUCAUUUAUAUGUGUCAUUAUAUGUCUAUGUCACAUAGACUAUGUGAUUCUAACACACCACGGAUUGGACCUGCAGUGAAUCUGCACACAUCAAUUUGCUAUUGGCUGCAACUUCUGUUUUGACAACUCCGUACUCUCACUGUGACUCAACCUGCAAAUUUGAGGAGGUCAACUCCCUUACUGAGGAGUGUGGAGUCAACAGAAUGCUGAUUGUUACGGCUACAAAGGCAUGAGGCAUAGUUCCACCCUUUCAGCUGGCUUUCAACGCUUCCUUGCGUUUGCCCCUUCAUUUGCCACCAAGUCAGUCAAGCGGGCCAGUUGGUGGCGAUCCGCGCAGGGUUUUGAGUGUCUCUAAGAACUGUUUUGCUUCAGUUUUGCCAGGAUUUCGUUUUUGGCUUGAUCUUCGGCAUCAUUGCCUUUUCGCUGGCUGUGUCAGUUCACUGGUUCAACGAGGAGCGAAGCGCCAAAAUUGAGGUGCUUUUGACCAAGGGUCUCGAAGACUGCCGAAGUGUGGAUGCAAACAAGCUCGAUACAGAAAAUCGAGGCCGAUUAGUUCAUGUUCAGGGACAGGCAACGGGCCAGUUCCCCAUUAGAGACGCUCAAUUUCAGGAUGCAGUGGUGAACGAUUGCCUCAAGCUUCAGAGCACUUUGGAGGUGCUGCAAUGGGUUCCAGCUGCUACAGGCUUCGUUAAGGACUUGCCUGGACAUCCUCAGCAUGUUUUGGAGUGGAGUACUUCGCACAAUGACUCAUCGCGGUUCAGGUGCUACAGUGGCAUACAACGGCGCUGGCUCCUGGCUUCCAUGUACCCCAGAUUCCCAAGCCGGCAAGACGGCGCCAGGUUGAAUGGAAAGCAAGAGGACGAGGAAACUAGUGACUAGAGGUGGAACAAACCGAAAGACCAACGCAGCGCCACGUGAAGACAAAGAGGGCCAGAGGAAGAGAGAGAGCUGAGAGAGAGUGCAGGUGAAGAGCGCAGUGUGAAGAGGGCUUGGAGAUGAGCAUGGUGCAGAAGGCGUGUUGCGUGGGAAGAAAUUCCGUCAACUUGAUUUGAAUCAGGCAACAGAGGCCCCUGAACCCACCCUUGCCAACGGGGCUAAUCCUGGGAACAAAGACGACUCCCUGUUCUCGGGUUACUUUGGGCGCUUUUGGAUUGUCACAGGACAUGUUGGUUCACUUCCGCUCAUUUGAGUCAGCCGCUUCGCAGCUUCCGGAGACUGUGCAUGUUGCUGGGAUACCUUUUUUUGCCAAUUGCCAGGAUGGUUUCUUCUACGGACGGCAAGGCUUUAAUGGUACCUUGGCAGAAGCCAAGGCUUCACUUUUCAAGAAGCAGGAGGCUGGAGACCUCAGAGUCAGGUUUCUUUGCGCAAAGAACUGUGAGGCUACUGUGGUGGGCGUGCAGUGCCACAAGGUCGAGACAGAGACCUUUGUGCCCUAUCGCAUAGUUCCUCAUGCGCCUUGCGAUGGGGAUACACAGGAGAGGAUGAAGAUCGUGGAAGCCGGGGAGAGAUCGCUGCGGGACCUCCGGGAGGGCUCCUGCUGUGCUGGAGGGGUGGAGAAUCGGGAAUCGAAAUAUUUGGUGAUUCUGAUGACUACUGUCGCCACAUGCUGCUGCUGCCCGUGCAACACUGUCGCUUGCUUCACCUCUCAGGAGGUUGUGACCGAGGAGAUUUUCUUCAUUUCGGAUUCGGUGGAAACAAAAGAGAAGCCCUUCCGUCGAGCUGUAUCUCGCAGUCCCUGGCGACUUUGGAACUGGCGCUUGCUUGGUUGGGCAACGACGUAUGUCGCUCUUCGCUUGAUGCUUCUACCCUUCCUUGCCGACGGAGCACUUGCUGGAUUGUCCAGCUGGGGCAGGUUUGCACAACCUGUUUUGCUGAUCAUGAUUACCCUGGACCUUUGGGCACUGGUUGUGGCAGCAGGGUUCCCAGGACUGAGAAUGAAGAUGAAAGCAGGCGGCCUAUGCCUGCUAUCGUCCCAGCAUGGCUGUUAA